AUGCUUCUUUAUGUUCUUUAUAUCUACACUUUGCCUGCUGAUCAGCUUUCUUUCUUUUACCCUUCGUUUUCCUUUUUCUUUUCUUUCUCUCUCCGUUUUCCUUUCUCUUUCUUUCCCACUUUGCUUUCCUUUCUCUUUCUUUCUCACUCUGUUUUCCUUUCUCUUUCUUUCCCACUUUGCUUUCCUUUCUCUUUCUUUCUCUCUCCGUUUUCCUUUCUCUUUCUUUCUCUCUCCGUUUUCUUUUUUCUUUCUUUCCCUCUUUGCUUUCCUUUCUCUUUCUUUCUCUCUCCGUUCUCCUUUCUCUUUCUUUCCCUCUUUGCUUUCCUUUCUUUCCCACUUUGCUUUCCUUUCUCUUUCUUUCUCUCUCUGUUUUCCUUUCUCUUUCUUUUCCUGUUUGCUUUCCUUUCUCUCUCCGUUUUCCUUUCUCUUUCUUUCCCACUUUGCUUUCCUUUCUCUCUCCGUUUUCCUUUCUCUUUCUUUUCCUGUUUGCUUUCCUUUCUCUCUCCGUUUUCCUUUCUCUUUCUUUCCCACUUUGCUUUCCUUUCUCUCUCCAUUUUCCUUUCUCUUUCUUUCCCUCUUUGCUUUCCUUUCUCUUUCUUUCUUUCUUUCUUUCUCCGUUUUCCUUUCUCUUUCUUUCCCUCUUUGCUUUCCUUUCUCUUUCUUUCUUUCUUUCUCCGUUUUCCUUUUUCUUUCUUUCUCACUCCGUUUUCCUUUCUCUUUCUUUCCCUCUUUGCUUUCCUUUCUCUUUCUUUCUCUCUCCGUUUUCCUUUCUCUUUCUUUCUCUCACCGUUUUCCUUUCUCUUUCUUUCCCUCUUUGCUUUCCUUUCUUUUUCUUUCUCUCUCCGUUUUCCUUUCUCUUUCUUUCUUUGA